AUGGUAGAAGUUCCGGAAUAAUUUAAUAUAUUUGAUUAAAUUGUUUGUUGACUCGCAGGUAUCCAACCCUUUGUAACAUUGUCUCACUUUGACUUCCCUCAAGAGCUUGAGGACAGAUAUGGCAGUUGGCUAAGUUCCCAGUCACAGGAAGAUUUUCAGAUAUUUGCGGACAUAUGUUUUAAAUCAUUUGGAGAUAGAGUGAAGUACUGGAUAACUUUCAAUGAACCAAAUCUUGAGAUCCCAUUCAGUUACCGUAGUGGAAUAUACCCACCAUGUCGUUGCUCUGCUCCUUUUGGGAAUUGCACUGAUGGAGAUUCAGAGAAGGAACCUUUUCUUGCAGCCCAUAAUAUCAUACUGUCACAUGCUGCUGCUGUUGAUAUUUACAGAACAAAAUACCAGAGUAAGCAAGGGGGGGAAAUUGGCAUUGUCUUGCAUAUUGACUGGUUUGAGCCUUUCAGUAAUUCCACAGCAGAUCAAUUAGCAACGAAAAGAGCUCAAGCAUUCACCACAAAUUGGAUUUUAGACCCAGUUAUAUUGGGGAAGUACCCAAGAGAGAUGGAAAAGAUUCUAGGACCCAUCUUACCAAAAUUUUCAAGCAUUGACAAAGAAAAACUCAAGAGAGGAGUGGAUUUCAUUGGCAUCAAUCAUUACUCAAGUUACUAUGUCCGAGACUGCUCAUCGCCAGCAUGCCAAGAACUCUUAUAA